AUGAAAUUUACUCGAGCAAGCAGAAAAGAGGUGUUCAAAGUGCUGAACAGAUAUGAAGAGGCGCUUGUCAAUCUUGACUGGGCUUUGAGGCAGGAUCCUGAAAACGUGUUUGCACUGGGAAACAGGAGUGAGAUAUACAGAUCGUUAAAGAGAUUUGAUGAGGCAUUGACUGGUUUGGACAAGGCUCUUGAGACUGAACCGGACAAUCCACUUGCAUUAAAGACGUCAUUAGUUUUACAUAAUAAACAGAGUUGGCAAACGUAA